GUCAUCAAGUCCAAGCUCCCCACCAUCCACCUACUCAACCCAGCCCAACCCAACCAUCACCCCCCAUUCCCCAGCUCCAAACACCACCACCACCACCACCACCACAUAAAAAAAAAAAAAACCAUGUCUUCCCACCUCAUCCCCAAAUAUCUCCCACGCACUCUCGUCCGCAAAAACCCCCCCAUCUCUACGCCACGCAUUUUCAACACUCCCACACCACGAACGCCAGCAGCGGGGUUCUCGACCCGAGCUGCGAUUGGGAAAGCUGCUGCUGCUGCUGCACAAUUCCCACAUACCCAGCGAAGACUAUUCCCCCGCGCCUCCUUAUCGAAUCGCAGAACGCACACGCAUGAAAGAAGAGGCUAUGCAACGGCGACUCCAGCCGACGCCCUAAUUGAAGAUUUGACAGAACAGUACGGCGUGGCGCGCGAUGAAUUCGAGAUCGCAAGCGAAGAAACCGACAAACGCUCCGUCUACGCCUCCGCAGACCGCGAGGCGGCCGUCGAAGAAUUGCACAAGUUGAAAAAUAUGUAUGCGGCCGCGGUAGAGGGGGAGUACGGCGAGGAAAUCAAACGACGCGUGGGAUCGAGGGUGAGGGAAUUGGAACAGGGGGUUAUGGCGCUGGAGGCGCGGGCGCUGGAGGAUCAUUAGACUAGAUUUGGGGGGAGGAUUUAAAGGAGGCGGGGAGAGUUGGAAGAAAAUGGGUGCGGAGCAUGAUCUACGGAUCUUCUCUUAUGGUGGAUAUUUAGUUUUGGGGAUUGGAGGAGGAGAGGCUGUGAUGGUAUUGGAAUUGCGGAUACUAGAAUGGUUGCAUAGUGGAAGUGGCAGAUAUCAUGGGAGGGUUGAAUGGGCGAUGAAUAUACUUGCACUCCACAGGCUGUCUUUUUUUCAUGAUGGGAAGAUAUACACAAAUCUGCCAUAUGCCUCUUUAGAUAUUGAUGCGUGUCGGAUGCAAAAAUUUAUCAAUGUCAAGAUAGGCCAUGAUGCUGAAUGAACUUACGAGAGACAAUUUAUAAAAUCAGUCAAUUCAAUAUACAUCAUUGCAUGCA